ACAGAAGUACGUGAGCGCCACGCGGACAGAGCGGGGCCAAUGCAAUGCAGCCUUCUUCCCGCCGAGAGAGGUCUCCAGAAGAUGGACUGUCUCCCAAGUGGAGCUGUCGCUGGGCCUUGGUCAGGAGGGCGCUGCUGACGCUCCUGCUUCUGGGCCUGCUCCUGGGAUCUUCUGUGCUGUGGUUCUACAUCUUCACGAGCUGCGGUCCUCCCCCCUGUGAGACGCCCGUGUGUAUGGAUCUCCUGGAGUACUACGCGGCCUCUGGGAACAGCAGCGUAGCCCCCUGUGCCAACUUCUUCAACUUUGUGUGUGGAGAACCCGGAAAUAUCACCAACUCUUUCCUUGCCCUUGAAGAUGAAAACAAAAGGCUGCUGCGGAGACUCCUGGAGGCUCCAAAGUCCUGGCACCUUGGCUCUGGGAACGAGAAAGCCUUCCAAUUCUAUAACUCCUGCAUGGACACAGAUGCCAUUGAAGUGGCAGGAACUGGUCCCCUCAAACAAGUCAUUGAGGAGCUUGGAGGCUGGAACAUAUCCGGCAAAUGGACUUACUCUGACUUCAACCAAACCCUGGCCCUUCUGAUGAGUCGGUAUGACUACUUUCCAUUCUUCAGAGCCUACCUGAGGACUCAUCCUUCCCCUCCACAUGCACCAGUCAUCCAGAUAGAUCGGCCAGAGUUCGACGUUCCCCUUAAGCAAGAGCAGGAGCAGAAGAUCUAUGCCCAGGUCAUUCGGGAGUACCUGUCUUACCUCCAGCAGCUGGGGACUUUGCUGGAAGGGGAUCCCCAGAAAGUGCAGCAACAGGCCUUCCUAUCCAUCUCCAUCACCUCCCGGCUGUUUGAGUACCUGCGGCUCCUGGAGCAGCGGCAGUCACAGGACAAGCUCUUCCAUGUGCUCACUAUUGAUGAACUGCAGGAAAUGGCCCCUGCCAUCGACUGGUUAUUCUGCUUGCAAGAGACAUUCAAACCGAUGUCCCUGAGCCACUCCCAGGCCCUAGUGGUCCAUGACCUGGACUAUUUGAGAAACAUGUCACAACUGGUACAGGAAGAGAUGCUGAAGCACAGGGAUGUUCUGCAGAGUCACAUGAUCUUGGGGCUGGUGGAGACCCUUACUCCAGCCCUUGACAGUAAAUUCCGGGAGGCUCGCAGAGAACUGAGCCAGAAAUUGCAGAAACUGACAGAGCAACCACUCAUACCAGCCCAUCCACGAUGGAAGAAAUGUGUGGAAGAUACUGGAUCCUUCUUCAAACCCACACUGGCAGCCUUGUAUGUCAAGGAGGCCUUUGGCCCAGGCACCCAACAUGCUGCCAUGAAAUUAUUCACUGAGAUCAAGGCAGCCUUAAUAGCACGCCUCAGAAAGCUUCCCUGGAUAAGUGAGAAAAGCAGGAAAGAGGCCGAGGGCAGGGUCACUCAACUACAGGUGAAGCUGGGGCCACUGGACUGGGUCCUAAAGCCUAAGCUGGCCAGAGAGGAGUACCAAGAUAUACAACUUGGACCCAGCUUCCUGCAGUCUUUCCUGAGCUGUGUCCAAUCUCUCCGAGCAAGAAAUGUUCAGAGCUUCUUGCAACCCUUGUCACAUUACAGAUGGCAGGUGUCCCCCUGGGGAGUCAAACCUUAUUAUUCCAUACCUGACCAUGUGGUGGUCUUCCCAGCUGGACUCCUUCAACCUCCAUUCUUUCACCCUGGCUACCCCAGAGCUGUGAAUUUUGGUGCCGUUGGCAGCAUCAUGGCCCGUGAGGUGUUGCACAUCUUCUACCAGCUCUUACUCCCAGGGCGUUGCCCAGCCUGUGACCAUGCCCUGCAGCAGGUACUUCUAUGUCUGGAGCACCAUUAUGCUGCCCUCCUGUUACCCAGUAGAGCCAUUCUCAAUGGCUCCCAAACAUCCCUGGAGAAUGCUGCGGAUGUUGGGGGACUGGCCCUUGCAUUGCAGGCCUACAAUGAGAGACUGCUACAGUACCGUGGGGAGACCACGCUGCCCAACCAGCACCUCCACCCCCACCAGCUCUUCUUCCGAAGCUAUGCCCAGAUGAUGUGUAAAGAACCCAAUCUCCAGGAUUCUCAGGACAUUCACAGACCACCUAGCCUUCGAGUCAAUGGACCCCUCAGCAGCAUCCCGGCCUUUGCCAGAUAUUUUGGCUGUCCACAUGGUACCCUCAUGAACCCCUCCAGACACUGUCAGUUCUGGUAACUUGGUCACCAAGAGAUUCCAAGGCAGGUACAUUAACAGCCCCUUGUCCCCUCCUCCAAGGCAUCAAGGCACCAUCUCUUUUCCAUUUCAAAAACAACCCAGCACUUACUUGA